AUGAAGGUCAAUCAAACUGGACAAUCUGAGUUCAUCCUCUUGGGAUUUCCCAGCAGCAAUGAGCUUCAGUUUUUGCUCUUCAUGGUUUUCUUAGUCUUUUACAUCCUGACUGUCAGCACAAAUCUAUUUAUAAUUGGUAUUUUGAUGCUGGAUCCUAUUCUCAGGAAGGUCCCCAUGUACAUUUUUCUCAACCAUUUUUCAUUUUUGGAGAUCUGGUACAUAACAGUUACUGUCCCUAAAAUGUUAUUUGACUUUAGGGCAGGCAAUAAUGUAAUAACCUACAAUGGCUGCAUUGUCCAAAUUUACUUUUUCUUUGCACUGGGACUUACUGAGCUCUUCUUCCUAGCUGUUAUGGCAUAUGACAGAUAUUUGGCUAUAUGUAAGCCUUUACGUUACCACUCUAUUAUGACUAGGACUUUGUGCACUCAGUUAGCCAUAUGUUCAUGGGUUUGUGGUUUCCUGAGUUCCUUCUUUCUGAUCAUCCCAAGCUCUAGGCUUAUGUUCUGUAGAUCCACAACACUUAACCAUUUUUUUUGUGAUUUCAUCCCUUUACUUACAAUCUCCUGUAAUGAGACCUUGGUAACAGAUAGAGUUUUAUAUUUCAUGGCUUGGUUUAUCAUAUUAUAUUCUUUCUUUCUGACUGCUGCAUCAUAUGCUUAUAUUAUUAGAACUGUCUUUAGACUUCCUUCAAAAAUAGGUAGAAAAAAAGCAUUUUCCACAUGUGCAUCUCAUCUAACUGUUGUUCUAACUUUCUAUGGCACAAUUAUAUUCAUGUAUAUUCGUCCUUCAACAAAAUACUCUUCAGAUAUAGAUAAAGUUGUGUCUGUGUUUUAUGCUGUGGUGAUACCACUGGUAAAUCCUCUUGUUUACACUCUGAGAAACAAGGAUGUACAGGAAGCACUAAGGAGAACUGUUAGAAGAAAUAUAUUUUUUUCAUUGUGUCAUUUUUUUCUACUGAUAUAA